UCGCAGGCCCAGACGUGGCGCAGCGGCCGAGCAUUUUACCUCGUGCUUGCGGAUUUUCUUCGUCCCGGUUCCGAUGCGUCUCCCGCUGUCUACGCCGCCCCUGCUGCUGCUUCUCGCGGCACUCGCUGCCGCUGCCACCACCUUCCGACCCGACUGGAACCGUCUGCAUGGCCUUGCCCGAGCCCGGGUAGAGACCUGUGGGGGAUGACAGCUGAAUCGCCUGAAGGAGGUGAAGGCCUUUGUCACCCAGGACAUCCCACUCUACCACAACCUAGUAAUGAAACACCUCCCGGGGGCCGACCCAGAGCUGGUGCUGCUGGGCCACCGCUACGAGGAGCUGGAGCGAAUCCCACUCAGCGAAAUGACCCGCGAGGAGAUCAAUGCUCUGGUGCAGGAACUCGGCUUCUACCGCAAGGCAGCGCCCGACGACCCUGUGCCCCCUGAGUACGUGCGGGCGCCUGCUAGGCCCGCUGAAGACCCUUCGGACCGUGCUGACCUGUAGGUCCGGAGUGCGGCACCCCCCUGACUGAGCCCUGGGGACAGAAUGAAGCGCUCAGCGUCCCGGGAGAACCUCCCUCGCUGAGAGCAGAAACCUCGUCCUGGAGGGAACCGGGAGGGAUGGAGUUGGGGGUUCCUCUCAAUUCUCCUUUAUUUCCACCCACUAUUCCCCUGUUUAGCUUCACUAAAUUCUCUUGCAUCUUAAAA